CAACCAUGAAUCUCGUUGGACCUGAAGACAUCUCGCCACCAGCUACACCUCCAAGCAACAGUCCUGCUCGCCCCACACAAAGGCAUCGCAUCUCAUACUCUGACUUUUCGAUUGGAGAAAAUGCAGCUCAAUUAGCCGCAAUUUUUGAUGACCAUGAAUUAAACCAUCUUUUUCAGUUGAAGACAUCCUUUCAGCAAUUGACCUCUCAACAGCGUCAGUUUUUAUUAUAUGAAAUUAUCAACUGCUGCGAUAAUUCCCAACUUGCCUAUCUCAGUAAUCUUAUUGCACCCCGUCUCAAAGUUGAUUUCUUAAAGGAGUUACCGAUAGAGAUCUCUCUCCAUAUCCUGUCCUUUAUAGACGACCCAAAAACACUAGGGCGUAUAGCAUGUGUAUCAACCUUCUGGAACUCACUCCUCAAAGACGAAGCGACAUGGAAGGCACUGUGCAUGAAGCACCAAUAUAGACGACGCAACUCGAGCAUAUGUGGGGGUGAACUGCUUGAUCCACCCACACACCGUCUCAACUUCUCUUACCGAGAAUAUUUUAAGCGUAAAUAUAACAUUGCAGCUGCAUGGGCUCACGGCGGUCGAGUCAAGGUCAUCGAAGAAGGCUUCUCGGAUGGCCUUGUGACCUCACUCCAGUUUGAUGAAAAGUACAUUGUGGUUGGGUGCGAUAACCACCGCAUCGAGGUGUUUGACACGAGAACAGGAAAAAAGGUGCGAUCUUUAGAAGGCCAUGAAGGAGGCGUCUGGGCACUCCAAUUCAAGGGGGGUGACAAGAGAGACCCAGAGCGAGUCCUUGUUUCAGGAGGGUGUGAUCGUGAUGUUCGAGUUUGGGACUUGGAUACAGGAAGCCAACGUCAUGUAUUGCAUGGACACACAUCUACAGUCCGCUGCCUAAAGAUGAAAGAUAAGAGAAUUGUAGUUACAGGGUCGCGCGAUACGACACUCCGAGUCUGGGAUAUCAAGCGUGGUAUUCUGUUACAUGCGCUGAUUGGCCACCAAGCAAGUGUACGAUGCCUGGAUAUUGCCGGCAAUAUGAUCGUCUCUGGAUCAUACGAUUCGACUGCUCGUGUCUGGGAUCUUCAGAGUGGUCGCUGUAGACACACUCUUGCCGGACAUUACUCCCAAAUAUACGCUAUUGCCACCGAUGGCUACAAGGUAGUGACCGGUUCACUUGAUUCCCAGAUUCGUGUCUGGUCAGUCGAGACUGGCCAGUGUCUCAAUACCCUUCGUGGACAUACUUCGCUAGUUGGACAAUUACAGCUGUCAGGAAUGACUCUGGUUAGUGGAGGAUCUGACGGCUGCUUACGGAUAUGGGACCUCCAAAGCUACGAAUGCAUUCAACAGAUAUCUGCCCAUGACAAUUCAGUAACAUGUCUCCAAUUCGACGAUCGCCGUAUGCUCAGUGCUGGAAACGACGGAAAGAUCAAAUUAUGGGAUAUUCGCCAGGGACGACUCAUAAGAACCUUUACACAACCAGCAAAGACGGUGUGGAAGAUUCAAUUUAACGACACAAAGGCAGUAGUUGUAAUGCAGCGACAACGGUCCUCGAAUUCAGAUGCAGAAGAUGGCAAAACAGUGAUGGAAAUUCAUGACUUUGAUGUUAUGAAAAUGCCUCCAGAGACUCAAGAUGCGGAUGUGCUCAUGGGCACACACUUCAUGUAGACUUUUCUUUUUCUUUUUCUUUUUGCUUUUGCUUUUGUUUUGUUUUCAUUACCCUCCUAUAUUUCUCCCUCUACUCCUAUCUCAAACCCUUAAACACUAUCACACUCUCACACUCUCACACUCACAUUCACACACUCACUCACUCACUAUAACUCACAAUACAUUCAUAUCUAACUCACCCGUAAACUCACUCACAAACACACCUCUUUAUCCUGAUCUCUCUUGAUCUCCCUCCUUCCCUAUCUAUAUCAUCUUCUCUUGUUCAUUCUUUUAUGUUAUGUUAUUUCCUCCUUCUUUAUUUUAUUCCUAUUUUUUUGCCUUUAUUCCUUAUAAAGCAUCACUAGUUCCUUGUCCAUGUUUUUCUUUUCCAUCCCUUACACAUUCAUGCAUCGUUUCUUUCUUGUUUUAUUGUUAUUUUUAUUACUAUUAUUUAUUGAUGUGUCCAUCGCGUGAAAAGAGAAGAGCCACCAAAAGCCGAACAGAUUUUUAUGUAUAUUAUAUAUAUAUGUGUUCUGCUUAU